AUGACAGUAGAAGAACAGGAGUCAUAUGUUUUCCAAUCAAAGGUUGCCCAUAGGCAGCUUUCGGUUAUCAAAGGUAACGGUAUCAAAAUAACAUUUAAGGAUCCGAAAACUGGUAAAUGCACCGAAGCUCUUGAUGCAAUGACUGGCGCAGCUGUCGGUGCAUUAGGGUGGGGUGAUUCUGAAGUUGUUAACUUCAUCAACGAAGCUGCAAUGGCUACCACUUAUUCGUACCCAGGUUCGAUGAACAAUGAGUUCAGUGAGAAGUUAGCGAAGUUUUAUAUUGAUAAUUCUCCAAAGGGUGCCUUUGCAAGUGCUUUGUGGGUUACUUCAGGGUCUGAAGCAAAUGAAAAUGCAAUGAAGAUAAUAAGGCAAUAUCAUCUUGAAAAAAAGAAUUUUAAAAAAACAAAAUUUAUAUCCAGAAAUACUUCUUAUCAUGGCUUUACGCUUGGUGCACUUUCCAUUGGAAAUUCUGCAAGGUCAAAAAUGUUCCAAGAAAUUCUUUUGCCGACAUCGCAGUGCUUAAAGGUGGAACCUUGUUAUCCCUAUCGUAACAAGAAAAAGGGAGAGUCUCUUGAACAAUACGGAGACAGAUUAGUUGACGAAAUGGAAGAAUUGAUCUUAAAAGAGGACCCAGAUACUAUUGGUGGUGUUAUCGUUGAAACACUUCCAGGCUCCUCACUUGGAACUGUACCACCACCGGCAAAUUACUUGAAGGGUAUUAGAAAAUUGUGUAACAAGUACGAUAUAGUCUUCAUGGUUGAUGAAGUUAUGUGUGGCACGGGAAGAAUUAAUCCCAAUGGUAAAUUGAAUUGCUGGGAGAACUUUUUGACGCCGGAAGAAAGUCCUGACUUGCAAUCAGUGGGCAAAACUUUAGGCUCAGGUUAUGUCACUAUUGCUGGGGUAUUGAUUUCUCCAAAGGUUAAAAGGGCUUUUGUUGAAGGGUCUGGAUCUAUCAUUGGUGCACAAACAUAUUCCAGUCAUGCUUUUAACUGUUAUGUAGCCUUAAAAAUCCAAGAGCGGAUUAAGGAAUUGAAGUUGACUGAAAAUAUUUUCAACGUUGGUAAUUAUAUGGGAGAGAAAUUGAAAGACGCUUUGGCUGAUUCGAAAAUAGCUGGAGAUGUCAGGGGCCUUGGUGGAUUUUGGUCCGUCGAAUUAGUCAAAGACAGAGAUACGAAAGAAAGUUUUCCUGUUGGUUUAGACAUCGCCCAUCGUCUUCAAGAUAUUUGCUUAUCGAACGGAAUUACCGUAAUGGGAACCCAGGGAUGUAAUGCCGGAGUUGGUGAUAUAAUCAUGCUUGCACCUGCCUUCGUUAUCACGAAAGUUGAUGCAGAUAAUAUAGUUAGUAUUGUUGCGAAGUCUGUCAAAGAGUUGGAGGGCGAGUUGUAA